GGAGCGGAGCGGGGCCGCCGGGGGCCGCGCCCCGGCGCUUUGUCUGCCCGGCUCGAACAAAGACGGCGCCGCGCCGGCACUCGGGGGAGCACGAGCGGGCGAAGCCGCUUGGGACCGGGAUUCCCCAGAACCGGCCCCCACCCGGGGCUCUCCCCGCACCCCUCGGGAGCUCUCUGCCCCGGGAGGGGACUUGAAUCAGGGUCUGCCUUGGGGGGUGCGGGCAGGUCGGCCCCUGCCUGCACCCCCUCCUGCCGGCCACUCUUUCUGACUCGACUCUCCCGCCGCCCCCAGGUCCCGUCGGGCAGGAUGCGCGGGGGCUGCGCGGCGGCGGUGGCUGUGCCCUGGCUGGCCCUGCUGGCCUUGGCCCGGCAGCCCCCAGAGAAGCCGUCGGCCGCCCCCCAUCUCACCCGCCGGCCCUUCCUGGUGGCCUGGAAUGUGCCCACCCAGGACUGCAAGCCUCGCUUUCAGGUGUCCUUCGACUUCAGCAUCUUCGACUUGUAUGCCUCCCCCAACGAGGGCUUCGUGGGGCAGAACCUCACCAUCUUCUACAAGGAACGCCUGGGGCUUUACCCCUACUACAACCGUGAUGGUGUGGCCGUCAAUGGUGGUGUCCCCCAAAACAGCAGCCUGUCCGAGCACCUCGCCCGCCUCCAGGAGGGCAUCGACAAGUACAUCCGCUCAUCCACCAAAGAAGGGUUGGCCGUCAUUGACUGGGAGGAGUGGCGACCUGUCUGGGCUCGCAACUGGAAGCCCAAGGAUAUCUACCGGGAUGCGUCACAGGAACUGGUGUUACGGCGUCAGCCCACCUGGCCCCCUGAGAAAGUGAACAAGCAGGCAGCGUUUGAGUUUGAGUCGGCUGCCCAGGAGUUCAUGGUGAGAACCCUGCGCAAGGCCAAGAGCUUCCGACCCAAACAGCUCUGGGGCUUCUACCUCUUCCCUGACUGCUACAACCACGACUACAGCAAGAACAAGGAGAGCUACACCGGGCAGUGCCCAGAUGUGGAGAAGUCUCGCAAUGACCAGCUGAAGUGGCUCUGGAAGGAGAGCACGGCCCUUUAUCCCUCCAUCUACCUCGACCCGCUUCUGGACUCCACUCCCAACAGCCGCAAGUUUGUGCGGGCGCGGGUGAUGGAGGCCAUGCGCAUCUCUCAGAAGCACCACGAUGACUACUCCCUACCUGUCUUCGUCUACACCCGGCCCACCUACAUCCGCAGGCUGAAUGUGCUCAGCCAGCCGGACCUGAUCUCCACCAUCGGAGAGAGCGCGGCACUGGGUGCAGCUGGGGCCAUUUUGUGGGGUGAUGCAGUUGACACCAAAAAUCGGGAGUUGUGCCAGUUAAUGAAAAACUACCUGGAAGGGGACCUGGGACGCUAUGUUGUGAAUGUCACGACAGCAGCAGAGCUCUGCAGCACGACGCUGUGCCAGGGCCGGGGUCGCUGCCUGCGCCAGGACAGCCAUGCUGAUGUCUUCCUCCACCUCAACUCUACCAACUUCCAGCUGCGGCGUCGGGAUGCUGACCACCCCGAGCGCCCCCUCUUCUGGGCAGAGGGCCAGCUCUCCUCUGCCGACAUCCUCUUCCUACGGACCCACUUUCACUGCCACUGCUACCAGGGCUGGCAGGGCAGUGGCUGCCAGACACGCGCUGGCCCCCGCAGUGAUGCCCCUGGCCCUUUGGCACCACUGGGACUUGGGGUGCUGUUGCUGCUUGCAGUCUGGUGCUACCUGCCCCAGGACUGAGCUGCCCCUUUCUGUGGCGGUGUAGGAGGAGCCUAUUUAAGAAGUCUCUACCCUGCCUGGUAGGCAGCUGAUUAUGGAGGGCUUUCCCUCACUGUGGUGGUGGGGGGGGAGAGCUGUGUGGUUGCCCCAUCUCUACCCACCCUGCUGCAGUGCAGGUGCCCUUCAUGGGGAUGGGGGGAGGAGGGGGACCCCUCUCCUGUUGUAAGGAGAGGGAUGGGGGCAAGAGGGACACGGGGGUGGGGAGCGGGUGCUGCGUGGUGCUGAUCCCCCGUGUGCUGCCCCACACUGAAGUGCUUUACCUCGAAUAAAGCUGGUCAGACUGA